AUGACCGAUACACCAGUUAAAAUCGAAAGCUCGCCAUCAUUUUACGACCGGUAUGAUGAACGAAGUACCCAUUUGGAAAAGAGCAUCUUGCAUAAACAAAGCAGCCAACAACAGCAUGUUUUCCCUAAUCUAGAAGGUAAAAGAAAUGGUAUUAUCCAUCUCAAGAAUUCACACCAAAAAAAUGGACUUUUUCUACAUCCAAAUUACUCCAAGGAUUCCCCCGCCGUUGUUGCUACUCGAAAACGCUCCAACUCCAAGUCCCAGGUUGUCAAUAUACCCACAAAACCAAAAUCAUCCAAUGGCCUUUCAUUGUAUUCAACAUCCAAGUGCAAUCCACCACCAUCAAUUCUGCAGCACGUACAGCCUAGAAAGCGAUCACAGAUGCAAUACUAUGUCACCUUGUUACCUUUAAACGAUACAUUUGUAAAAAAACAUCUACCCGUUGCAAUUUUCCCCGAAACAACAAAACUCAGUCGACCAACAGGUACAAAACAUAAACCAGAUGUUACAAAUGGGUAUUUUGAUUCGCGAGUCUUGAGCCGUAACCAUGCUCAAAUAUAUAUCGAUCUGACAAACGGAAAGUUGAUGUUGCAGGAUUUAGGCUCGUCCAAUGGUACAUACUUGAACGAUGUUAAGUUGAGUAAUGAGCCCGUGGAAGUAAAAACCGGGGAUAUAGUUUGUCUCGGCUUCAACGUCCAAGCAGAAUCAACACAUAAGCAAAUAAGUUUGAAAAUUGAAAAUAUCACCGUUGUUGCAAAUACCAAGUCGGACUUACACCUACCGCAAAACACGGACCAAUUCGUCACAUCUGAGUUCAAGCAUUUGGCAUUCAUUGAAGAAAUCUAUCAAAAAAUCAACACCACAGAUAACCAUCAGUUGUUUCAGAAGCAGCGGGUGCAAAAAUUGCCUCAACAAGAAAUAAGUUUUGAGAGCGCUUUAUUUGGUGAUGUGAAUCCAGAAUUAGAAAGCGAUUUAUUGGGUCUUUUUUCAACUACAAGUUCGGGGAUAUACAACAACUCGCAGAUUACCAAUACUACCACCCUCGAAAAUAUUAUCAACAUACUAGCCUUGAGUUUGUCAAGAAUUAAACAACAAAGCUCCUCUUUGGACUCUAUUCAAGCGUUUUUAACAGAUUAUCAAUUAGAGUUGGAUGACUUGAAUCGUGCAUAUUUGGAAGAAGAAUUUAGUAAACGGUCAAAGGUUAUGGAAGAUGAUUUGAAUUUGGAAAAACAGCAGAAUCAAAAAUUAAAGGAGCGCAUUAGUGUUCUUGAGGAGGAGAGGUUGAAAAAAAUAGGAUCGUUGAACAACAAGAUCAAGACGCUUGAGCGAGAAAAGUCCAAGAUGCUUGAUACCAUACAAACUUUAGAAAAGAAGCUUGAAGAAAUUGAAUUGACUAGCCAGUGCAAAACCAGGGCACUUGACGAUUUGCAAACUGAAAGAGAUACGUUGCAAAUUUCAUUGGAAGAAAAAAACAAGCAAGUUGCGGGUCGGAAAUUUAUUGACGUAUCAACAUCUACUACGGAAGAUAUAAACUUUUUGAAUGCCCAAAAUUUAGUCUCCGAUGCUAUAAAUGGAUUUAUAAUGGAUCUUUCACGAACCCCUUCUGUAAGAGAUAAUUUGAAAAAUCUAGAUGGAACUACAUCAUGUAAGAGUACAUUGUUGAAAGAUGCGAUUGAAUUAACACCACCACUGUCAGAUAAUGAUGACAGUGAUAGCGAGGAGAUAGGAGAAGCAGAAGGAGAAGCAGAAGGAGAAGCAGAAGGAGAAGGAGAAGGAGAAGGUUUUGUUGGUGGUAGUAAUAAAGAAGAUACCAGUUUCCAGUCCCAGAAGUCAUCAAAGGAGAUAUACUUGCAAAACUUAUCUUCUUCAUCAAUCAUUGCCACAAAUUUCCUUCCCAAUGACGUUGAGCCAUUUCCCAAGGUGGAAGCAUCAUCAUCAUUUUCAUCAUCAUCAUCAGCAGCAACUAGUGUCUCAAAACCGAGUGAUCAUUUAGAUAUAGCUGAAACAAAAUGCUGUGCAUCAAUAAAUGAAACGGAAUUACAGGGCGUUGGGGAACGAAAUAAAGUAUCCUUGAUUAGGUUAUCACAGAUGGAUAAACAAAGGGUUCUGACUAUGAUUAUUGCUAUAUCGGCUAUGUUAGUAGGUUACUAUUUACAAAGAUUGCUUAAUUAA